AUGGAGCCCGGCGAGAAGCUCUGGGGCACAUGUAAUCUGUGGAGGGGAGCUUCUCCCCUACAAACAGAAGUGGAAGCUCUGUUAUGGGCAAUGCAAUGUAUUCUCCGGUAUAACAAGUUAGUAAUGGUGUUUGAGACGGAUUGCUCUGAUGUGGUACGGAUGGUGUCUAACCCAGAAGAGUGGCAAGCUUUCGCAGUACUUUUAGAAGAAAUUGACAGAUGCAAGAGGCGCUUUACCUCUUUCACUCUCACGCAUAUACCAAGAACCAGCGACACGAAGGCAGACAAGUUAGCAUGA